AAAUACAACUAACAAUGGCAAGUCCAAUAAUACUUACAUCUCCGUUAUGUGCAGUAUCUUGGCAUCUAGAGUGAUAAGAAGAGUAUUGCCACGAUGUGUUGUUUUAUGUUCUUCGGUGGGGCUAGGUAGUGGGUGAAGAGAUUGGUUUUUUUCCUCGAAAGUCUCUCGCAGACCAGGUAACUUGUUUGGUAAAUUCGUUACUUUUUGUUUGCGCCACCGAAUUUAUGUCCAUUUUCUUUUCAUUGCAGAUCCAUGUAUCCGAGCUGCAGCCAUUGCUCGCGAGAGAUGGGACAAAAUCGUAUGAAGUGGAGGUUUUUGGUUUGACGUAUUGAUUGCUGCAGUUUUAUCUGUGUACUUUGGACAGUUUUGCGCCUUUCUAGAGACAUGAUCCCAUGAUGGCUAGCUAUUUUGGUUUGCUUCUUAGUGUUGGGACUAUCUACCUCAUUAGAGGGUUUGAUUUUGACGGCCUCUUUUAGGUCUAUUAGAAAUAUGCUGGUGAUGAUGGUGUUACCGACCUUUAAAUCAUAUGGUAAACGCCCUUUCUGGGUUCCAUUUAUUUAUAUAGUUGUUGGGACACUGAUUCCUCCACUAAUGCAGGCUCAAGUUGCAUUUGGAACAGCUAGAUUGAGGGUCUCACCGAGAAUCAAGGACAGAGGUUUGAUGACGAGUUUACAUGAGGUACAAUUGUCUUUCAACAAUAUAUUGGUUAUUGAGUUUGGGGUUCUAACCCACUGCCAACCAUAAAUACAGUAAAGGGUAGGGUUGAGUUUGAAACAUGAUACAUGAGUCUUCAUUCUGACUAAUUUGAAUCAACUUUGAUAGGUGUCAUUUAUCACUACCUCAUUGUUUCAGUGUUCUUGACUCAAUUAUCUACAGGCGGAGAUGGUGGAAACAACUUAUGGUUGCAAUUGUUGUUUGUGGUUGGCUACUGAUAGAAUUAGUGGAGACGAUGCUUUGAUGAAUGCAACUUCUCUUUGUAAUAACUUAAAAUUACUUCACUGAGUUCCAUCAAUUGUUUCUUGAAUUGAUGUUGUUUAGUUUCUACUAUUUUAGUAAUAUCAAUAAUAUUUUAUCAUCUUCUCUUUCUCUCUACCUUGCUGGCACGAGUUGUUUUUUGGGAGUUGAGUUUCUAACAAAGAUGUUGAGACUUUGUUCUAUCUAUAAUCUGCCCAUGGUUCACCACUGCUGCAGAUUUUGAUAUGGUGCACCACUGGAGUAAGAAAUGGGAUUAGUUACUGUAUUUCUUAUACUAAAGCAAAGAUACAAGAAGUUGUUGCAUUGUCUUUGUUUUGUGUAGGAUGUUUAGGCUAACUUUGGUGAUUUUGGAUGAUGAUUCAAUUGUCAUAGGAUUCCAUCAUGAAAUAUCAUUUGGCAGUUCCAUUUACUAUAGACUGUCAUUAUACUGUUUGCUUUCCUGCUCUCUUAUUUAUGCAGGCUUAUUGUUGUUUGCAGAAGGAAGAAUGGGAGUUUGGCGCAGGUUGAUAGUAGAGGGAGGCCAUGUGACAAGUCCGGCCAUUUCAUCAAUACACCAACACUGUGGUAUUUUUACUUAUAAAUGAAAUUUUAAAUAUUGUGUUCUUCUGUAAGUUAUGCUCAUCAAUCAAUUAAUUAACAGCGCAAGACCUUUUUACUGUUCCUUACGAUUUUAUCGCACGGAACUUUGGAUUCCUCUCGGUAAAUACGUGGUAAGUUUUCUCACGGCCCAUUAACAAUUAAUUUGGAAUAUUGUUCACAAGAAGAAUGAUCCAAUGCAACCGGUUCCACUGUUAUUUUAUUUGUUUACAAUCAAUAUUUAACAACCAGUUCCAUACUUCUUCUAUACGUGUCCACGGUUAAGUUUUUUUAACAAUAAACUUUUUAACCGCUUAAGUUAACUAUUUAUUACAUAAAAUGUGAUGGCAGCUCAUAUUCCUUUUAGUUAACUUGGAAAUAUUUUGUAAGGUAAAUUAAUUUUUACAUAAUUUAAUUAAAUGUGAUUCUUUUCUGUAACUUGAUUUUAUUAUUAGAUCACACAUUAUGUAAGAUUUAUAUAACAGCGUUCUAUAGUAAUUACCUAAAAUGAAAAUACAUUACAUAAAGUUUAUGAAAGAAUAGUUAUUUCUUAUGUAUCCACUAAACAAAUGCAUUACAUAAGUAUUCAUUAAUUACUAAGAGACACUAGAAAACUUAUGUAAGUAUCUUACUCGCGAACUAUUUUUUGAAUUUUUUAUUCUAUUAAAUCGUUAAAUCACUUUAUAAAAUUUACAAUAUUCGUCAUAUUAUUAAUUUGCAUUACACUCUUCAAUUCUGAUGUGUAUAUUGAUGCUCAAAUUAGUAUGUCUUAAUAAUCUCACGUCCCGGCGCAGAGCGCGGGCAAAGAAAAUUAGUAAUUAUAAUAGGUGUAGAAAACAUGUUGUUGUACCUUUACAACUUUGUAUUGUUGUCAAGUUGUUCCAAUUUUUUCUAUUUGUCAAUUUUCGUACUCAACACCUUUAAUAUUCGUAUUUAAUAAAUUAAAGGACUUUGCUAUGGUGACCUUGACUUUGCUAUGGUGACCUGACAUAUUAUUAGGUCGACCUUGGCUUUGUUUGUAAGACUAUGUUGUGCUUAAAAGGUCGGUCGCUCAAGUUGUCUGGUCAACCUAUCUGUUGUUCAUUGUAAUAUUACACUUGCUUUUGCUGGUAAAUUAGUAUUUUCCUGCUGGAUAGGUCGACCUAGGAAGAGAAAGGUUAGCCUUAAAGGUUCUGGUAGUGACAAAUUGUCUUCAAGGUCGACCUAAUAAUAUGUCAGGUCGACCACGUCUCUGUUUUUGGUCAAUUGUAGAAAAUUUAAGUUGAAUUAUGAUUUGAAUUUUUCUUUAAAUUGUUUAGACGAUGGCGCAUGAUGAGAGACUGCAUCACGAUUUGAGUGAAAUCAUGACAGUGUUGAAAGCCACACAAGAGCAGCUGGUGGUGUAUAAAAAAUAAGUCAAUGACUAUCAGAAGUCCAUUCGUGAUACAGUGGAGCAAUUGUCAGCUCGAUUGACAGAUAUGACUGGGAUGAUACAUGAUGGUUUUGAGAGGCUAGAAGGUGUUAUCGAAGAAAUAAGUGCAUAACGAAUGGAGAAUGGAGGAAAAGAUGAUACACGAAAGAAAUUUGACUUUGAUAAAGAGGAGGAAGAGCAUGAUGACUCUGCAAAUUGCUACCAGAGCAUAAACGAUUUAUUAAAAGAGCACAAGUUAAAGAGUGAAACAACGUUUGGCAGCAAGGGUUCCUCUCCUAAGUACAAGAGACCUCGAUAUGAAAGUGACUUCUACACCACUCCAAAGAAGGAUCAUUUGUAAGAAAAGGAUUAUUGAGUGCUGAUAGCGACAAAGAUGAAUCUAAGAAUCCUUUCGAAAAGCACAGAGUAAGUUCACAUUACAUAUUCAUCUAUAAUGUGUGUUUGUGUUCAUAUGUUACUUUAAUUAUAACUAUGAUUUGUAGGUCAUGAAAGUGGAGGGCCUAGAAGGAUUCACCAAAAAUCUGCAAAAUCCAGUUGAAGACUUGUAUUAUAUUGUUACUAAAGAGAAGGCUGGAGACGCGAAUUGAGACAAGUAAGAGACGUUAUUUUUAAGUAGUACAUGUGGUCGACCGUUUAGUACAUGAGCUCGACCGUUUAGCCAUUAAGGUCGACCUUGACUGUGAAUAGGUCGACAUGUACGUUGCAAAUCACAAUUGACAUUUUUGUUGUUUUGAUUUUUGCAGUUUGACCGUUGUUGACUUAUUUACUGAAAACGUGCAACGAAAAUAUUUGAGUUCGGUCAUUAGCGAGAGUAGCUGGAUUUGCUCAUCCGUAAGUACUAUACUACUACGAAUUUUGUAUGAAUUGUGCACUAUUUAUGUUACGAUUUACGAGGAUUUUGUGGUUGAUUGUUGGUUGGCUGGUAGUGGAUUUGUGUGCAAGGGCACUAACAAUGCCUGAAAAACAUGACGUGAAAGAGCCAAAUGUGUGGUAUUUUCCAAAUAUGUUUUCGGUAAGAAUCGUAAUGUUUAUUUAUUUGUCAUAACCUAGUUAUAAAUAUUGUACCAUGUCAAUUCAUCUCAAUUAAAAUAUGGUGCAGAAAAUGGUACGUGCUAACAUGAAGACCGAACAAAGUCGUAACAAGUUGAUGGAUGAUGGCGUGGUGUUUAUGCCAAAUGUUAGUGCAUGCCAGAAGGUUAAACAAUGCCUCUAUCUCAUUAAAUUUCCAAAGUGCAUUUGUUAGUAUUCUCUUGUUAUAACAUACAGUGAGUGUUUCUUUGCUAGAUAUUUAUGCCAGUUCUGGACGAUGAAGCACGUCAUUGGUUUCUGUAUCUCGUCAAUGUCCACCAAAAAACUGCAUUUUUGCUUGACAACCUUUCUUCAACUAGUGAGACGAAUCGUAAGUGUAAAUCAAACCUAUGUAAGAAAUUUGUAAGUGUUUCCUAUAAUUUUCAGACUACUAAGUUCACGUAUUAUGCUAAAAGUAUAUAAUUUUCAUUAUUUGUGUGUAGUUGUCCAAAUUGCAUGAUAUUUUCAAACUAGAGCACAUGAGCAAUGUAGUAGUACCAAAUUUUGGAGAUUUAAAUUUCGAAGAGCUACGCGUUCAAGGUCAAAGGAAUAGUAUCGAGUGUGGUGUGCACGUCAUGCAGAUGCAGUGGAUGCACUAUGGAUCCAAGGAUCUGGAUAGAGUGGUUAGUAUAUCGUCAAACAAAUAACUUGUUUAAUUUGUACUUUUUUUAGUUAUAACGAAUAUGCCAUAAUGCAAAUAGGAGAAGAACACAAAUUACCAGCCUGAAAGGAGAUUCUAUGGUAUCUGGCUACAUAUUUUGGAAACCGUGCACGAGAAAAUCUUUUCAAUCAUAUAGUUAAUGAAUGCAUGGAAAGAGUCAAAGAAAGAAAGAGCUCAAACAAAAAAGCUAAAAAAUGAAGUCAUUAAGUUACAGUGUUGCAUUAUUUAGAUAAUACGUUGAAUUAUAUUUGCGAGGUUGUGUUUCCUUUUGGAUAUUGAAUGUUUUUGGUUUAUUAGAUUUGUUAUACAAUUAUGGAUGUCAAGGAAUUUACGAUUUCAAUCGUCUAGAACAAGUGGUCGACCACAUACUCAAAGCGGUCCACCCCGUAGGCAGAGCACAGGUCGACCUCCUAUGCAUAAGGUCAACCUAUGAUACCUUUGCUUAGCUCCUAAACAAUGUGGAAUAAGGAUGGAGUCCUGUC